UUGUUUGAAUUAUGGGGUGCUUCAGGCAUAGGAACUGGAUCGAACGGUGCAUACGUCAAAGGGUAUAUUAAAUUUGAUAAAUCUAUAAAAUUAUAUCUUCAUGUCGGAUCUAAAUAUUAUUCUGGUGCAACUCUUCCGUCUUAUGGUGGCGGAGGUCCAGGCCAAUUUUCUGGCGGCGGAUCAUCUGAUAUACGCCUUGAACCAGGCGAUUUUGGAGAUUUCAACGGUUUGAAAAGUCGAAUAAUCGUUGCUGCUGGUGCAGGGUCUCAGGAUGGUACACUCAUUGGAAAUGCAUUUUAUGAGGAUGCUGGUGGUGCUGGAGGCGGGCUACUUGGAUUUAACAGCACAUAUGAGCAUGGUCUUGGCGCCACUCAGAUAUCAGGAGGACCCGGAAAAGGUCUUGCCGGCACUUUUGGAUUUGGAGCUGGAAAUCCAAAUAGAAUAGAAUCCUCAGGAGAUAAUGAUGGGAAUGCUGGCGGUGGUGGUGGGUAUUUCGGAGGUGGAAACUCCGAAAUACCUCAACAUUGUGGCGGUGGAGGGGGAAGCUCCUUCAUUAGCGGUUAUAAAGAUUGUAUUGCCAUUCUGAAUUCUUCAACGAAAAGUGACAUUAAAUUUUCUAAUUCAUUUGAUCCAUCAAUUCACUACAGCGGUUAUAAGUUCACAGACGCAGUAAUGAUUGAUGGUAAAACAUCUAUGCCAAGUCCACAUGGUGGCACUGAGGUUGGCCAUUCAGGGAAUGGCUACAUACGAAUCACACAAUUUGAAACAAAUUAUGUGAGUUGUUCUCAAUCAUAUGCGAUAAAGUUCUUUAACUACUUUAUAUUUCUUAUCAUUGAAUCAUAA